AUGGCAGGCACCGGUGGGAGGAGCUCGGCGGCGGCGUCAAUGGCGCUACCUCUUCUGCUGAUGGCGGUGGUGGUGGCGACGGUGGUGCCACCGGUGGCGGCGGCGGGGGUGCAGUUCAGGGUCGGCGGCUCCAUGGGGUGGCGCGUCCCCGCCGGCGACGCCGAGUCCUACAACCAGUGGGCGGAGAGGAACCGGUUCAAGAUCGGAGACUCUCUCCGUAAGCUCGUCACUCGAUCUUGCAGUUGACUUUUUAGCCCCCAUAUUGACGUUGACUUCGCAGUGUUCGCGUAUCCCGCUGGGAGAGACUCGGUGCUGCUGGUGACCAAGGAGGGCUUCGACGGCUGCGACACGGCGAGCCCGCCGGCGGCGAGCCUUGGCGCCGACGGCAACACCGUCUUCACCUUCGACCGGUCGGGACCCUUCUUCUUCAUAAGCGGGGCGGGGGACAACUGCAGGAAGGGGGAAAAGAUGGUGGUCAUCGUCCUGGCCGACCGGAGCAACCGGUCGUCUCCGACGGCGGCGCCACCUUCCACGCCACCUUCCACGCCACCGCCGGCAUCGGGGACUCCGGCGCCGGAGCCGGCGACGACGCCAUCGCCGCCGCCGUCGGAGACGCCGGCGAGUCCACCGCCACCGGCGCCGCCGGCUAUCGAGAUCGUGCCGACCACCUCGCCACCGGAAGGUCUGGCGUCGCCGAACGGAGUGGCGACGGCGACGACGGCGGCGGGUUUCUUCGUCGUCCUCGUCGUCUCCACCGCCGCCUUCCUUUAA